AUGGGUUCAGAUGUACGUGACCUGAACUCCUUGUUGCCCCCACUUCCUACAGGCCCUAGCCCCAGCUGUCCUGCCCUGCCUGUCAACUCAGCCCCUCAGUGGGCUCCUGUUCUGGACUUCCACACCACUGGAUCCCCUUAUUCUACCCUUGCAUCCACCCACACCUCCCUGGGACAACAUUCCUUUAUCAAGCAGGAGCCUACUUGGGGGACCAACACCGAUCCCUAUUACCAUGAAACUGACCCUCACUGCAGCCUUAGUGCCUUCACUGUUCACUUCUCUGGGCAAUUUACAGGGACUGGGGCCUGUAGAUAUGGAGCACUGGGGCCACAACAUCCUCCUCCACCAACCUCCAGUCAACCCCCAACUGUGGCUGCCGCACACCACCACCAGCCCCCCAACAGAAUAUUCAGCAACCCACCGCACCUAAGCAACUGUAUGGACCCACAGCAAACAGCUCGCAACCAGACAGGAUACAGUGCAGUUGCAUUUGAUGGACCUGGUAAUUACAAUCACGUUCCUACACACCACAGCUCCCAGUUCACCAAUCACUCCUUCAAACAUGAAGAUUCUUUGCCUCAACAAAACCCAGUUGGUGAGCAGCAGUACCCCAUUCCUCCUCCUGUCUACGGAUGCAACACACCUUCAGACACCUGCACAGGUGGCCAAGCUCUUCUGUUGAGAAACCCUUACAACAGUGGUGAAAAUUUAUAUAAAAUGACCUCUCAAUUGGACUGUGUUGCAUGGAACCCUAUCAAUACUCUGGCAUCCACCAUGAAAAGUCAUGCUGCAGGCUAUGAAAGUGACCCCAGCACCCCCUUGGUGUACAGCUGCAGCACGCAAUACCGCAUACACACACACGGUGUCUUCAGAGGCAUACAGGAUAUGCGGCGGGUGCCCAGCCUUGCUCAAGCCAUAGUUCGAUCAGAGAGCAGCGAGAAACGUCCAUUUGUGUGUGCCUACCCUGGAUGCAACAAGCGCUACUUCAAGCUGUCUCAUUUGCAGAUGCACAGUCGCAAACACACAGGGGAGAAACCCUACCAGUGUGAAUUCUCAGAUUGUGGCAGGAGGUUUUCUCGUUCUGACCAGCUCAAAAGACACCAGAGGAGGCACACAGGAGUUAAACCUUUCCAAUGUGAGACGUGUCAGAGAAAAUUCUCUCGGUCUGACCACCUUAAGACUCACAACAGGACUCAUACAGGUAAAACAAGUGAGAAGCCUUUUAACUGCCGUUGGCCUAACUGUCAGAAGAAGUUUGCCCGCAGCGAUGAGUUAGUGCGACACCACAAUAUGCACCAGAGGAACCUCACCAGACUCCAGCUGGCCAUCUAA